AUGCCACGUGAUCAUGUCUCAAAAUCAACUUGUUUAUCUGCAACUCUUAACGUUGAUCCUUUACAUAAAGCCCAGGGAGCUGCAACUCGUCUAGUCUACCUAGCUACCAUGGAACUCAGCAGCUGGUGCAAUUCAGGCACUGCUACCACUAACAUGGAUGCCUACGUGAAUGAUCGGUAUGAUCCAAUCUUGUCGUCUGUGUUGGAGAGCAGUACUGCAUCAAAGAGGCCAAGAUGGAGAUUGUUGUGGAGGAAAAUAAUGAGAGAAAAGAAGAAAUUUUUUGAUUGCUCGUCUGCAAGUAAUCGGAUGUGUUUCUCUUAUGAUCCUUAUACCUACUCUCAGAAUUUCGAUCAAGGCUCAACGUGGUCUGAUCCUGAUAACAUGUCUCGCUCCUUCUCUGCCAGGUUUGCUGUUCCUUCCAGGAUCUUUGAAAAGACUCAUCCUUUAGUAUAA